CAACCGGGUAGACCAACGACAGACGACUGGACUGAGUCAUAGGAAAUACAGAGAUAAUAUUUCUCACAUUAAAACGUUUUAUCCGCAUCCGGGCAUCUUCCAACCAGGAAAUACUGUACAGUAUGAUCGUGAUUGUUUAUUGAAAUAUAUUGUCGUGAAAUAAUGCUUUUUCGCUAGCCCUAUGAAACGGGAACAUGGCGGAUGCGGUCAUUACAGGAGGUGAGUGUGGCUCAGCUCCGCCUAACGAGACCGACUCGUUCCCCAGCGAGGAAUACGAGUGCAAAAUAUGCUACAACUACUUCGACCUGAGCCGCCACACUCCCAAACUGCUGGCCUGCUCCCACACCUUCUGCCAUGAGUGCCUCGACGCUAUGCACUGCCGGGGUCGUGGAUGGAGAGUCGGCUGCCCCGUGUGUCGCCACCGAACUCCGGUGCCGGAGUACCGGGUGCACAACCUCCCAGACAACAGCGCGUUGACUCAGUCACUCCCGCUUAAAAAUCCCAAGCCCUUGAACUCAUCCUACACAGAUGUCCAGACAGGUUCAGCCGCGUAUUCAGCCACCUCUCAGGAGAGCAACGCCAGCUGUCAGACUUGCAAACAAGUUGCGUUCGUGACUGGCUGCGUGUGCGCCAUCUUUUCUUUCAUUUCCAUGGUGGUGCUCUUAUUUCUGGGGCUCAUCUUUGUGCAUAAUUUCAAUCACACGUCGUGGCCCGUCGGCCCUAUCUGUUUGUUUGUUGCCAGUGUCCUAGCCCCGUUGCCAUUCAUCCUUACUUGGUUAAUGUGCAUGUUGAAGUACAGACCUGAAGCUGAAACAAGCCGUUUCCUCACUUCUAAUGUAAUGUGAUGUCUGCAAAGCUGGACACAUUAGCCAGGUUAGUAUUAUUAAAGGGAAAUGUGUUUGUUUAUUUAUUUCAGUGUGUUUUGAUGAUAUAGAUGCCUUAGUCAGUGUUUGGACAGGUAUAAUUAAUGUACAAUUAAUGAUGGCUAGAUUCCAUUUACAUUCUUGUGUUUCAGGGUUAUGGUUUUGUGCAUGGUUCACAUUCAUGACAUACUGGGGCACUUGAGUUAUUGUUAAAGUUUUAAAGUAACAUGUGCUUUUCAUAAUAUGUUUUUCAAAGUCUGUUGCAAAAAAAUGCCUAUUUUGACCCAAACGGAUAUGAGC